AUGGCAAGCAAUUCCGAGGCCAAUCCGUUGACUCUGCCCCCCGGCAUCGAGGCCACCGUCUUUCACAAGUUCAUCGCGGCUGCCAGGGGGGUCACUGGCUCAGAAAAUGUUACCAUCAUCUCCAAAAAGGAACAGCUGAGCAAGGACCAGUAUCUUGACCAGAGCAAAGCCCACGACAUGUUUCAUAUCACCGGCAAAUCCUACUUCGUGUCUUCAGCCGUCAUCACUCCUCGAGACGUCGCCGAAGUUCAGGCAAUGGUCAAACUAUGCAACGAAUACGAAAUUCCGCUUUGGCCAUUUUCCAUUGGUCGAAACGUUGGCUAUGGCGGUGCUGCUCCCCGAGUUCCUGGAUCCAUUGGACUUGAGCUCGGCAAGCACAUGAACAAGGUCCUCAAAGUUGACGUUGAUGGAGCGUAUGCUCUGGUGGAGCCUGGCGUGACAUUCACAGAUCUUCACGAAUACUUGGUCGCCAACAACCUGAGAGACAAGCUUUGGGUUGAUGUUCCUGACCUCGGUGGAGGAUCUGUCAUUGGCAACACAACUGAGCGCGGUGUUGGCUACACACCAUAUGGCGAUCACUUCAUGAUGCACUGCGGCAUGGAAGUUGUACUACCUGAUGGAACUCUCGUCCGCACGGGAAUGGGCGCUCUUCCAAACCCCAAUGCCAACCCCAACGCGCCUCCACAUGAUCAAGAGCCCAACUCGGCCUGGCAACUCUUCAACUACGGCUUUGGCCCGUAUAAUGAUGGUAUCUUUACUCAGUCUUCCCUAGGCAUCGUGGUUAAGAUGGGCGUUUGGCUCAUGCCGAACCCGGGUGGUUACCAGUCUUACAUGAUCACUCUUCCUCGCGACGAGGAUCUCCACCAGGCUAUCGAGAUUAUCCGACCUCUCAGGACAUCAAUGGUUCUUCAGAAUGUGCCUACUGUGAGGAGUAUCCUCAUGGAUGCAGCUGUCAUGGGCACUCGUGCGUCGUAUACAUCCUCUGAACAUCCUCUUACCGACAAGGAACUUGACGAGAUCGCCAAGAAGCUCAACCUCGGACGCUGGAACUUUUACGGAGCCCUCUACGGACCUGAGCCCAUUAGAAAGGUCAUGUGGCAGAUCGUCAAGGAGGCUUUCUCGGCUAUUCCUGGAGCCAAGUUCUACUUCCCCGAGGACAUGCCAAACAAUCUCGUCCUACAGACUAGAGACCUCACGCUACAGGGCAUUCCCACGACAACUGAGCUGGAGUGGGUUAAAUGGCUCCCUAACGGUGCCCACCUCUUCUUCUCCCCCAUCGCUAAAGUCACAGGCGACGACGCCGUAGCCCAGUACGAACUAUCCAAGAGGCGCUGCGAAGAGGCCGGCUUUGACUUCAUCGGCGACUUUUGCAUCGGCAUGCGAGAGAUGCACCACAUCGUCUGUCUAGUCUUUGAUCGCGAAGACCCAGACUCGUGCCGCAGGGCCCAUUGGCUUAUCAGCCAGUUGAUCGACGAUGCGGCAAAGAGGGGAUGGGGAGAGUAUAGGACGCAUCUGGCGUUGAUGGAUCAGAUUGCGCAGACGUAUAAUUUCAACAACAAUGCGCAGAUGCGUCUCAACACUACCAUCAAGAAUGCCUUGGAUCCUAAGGGUAUCUUGGCGCCCGGGAAGAAUGGGAUCUGGCCCAAGGGGUACGAUGCUAGCAAGUUUGUGGUUCGCCCAGGGACAUUGACUCGAGGACCGAAUUUGUAA